GGGUGUGGGUGGGGGUUAGGCAAGUUCUGAACAUGUGAGUCUUUUGAAGGAGUCUUAAGUCUUUUGACUCAAGCCUCACUUACUAAGUAUUCUGAAAUCUUGUACAGAUACAAGGCUUCCUUCGGCACCUCGUUACAUUUCAAUUGUACUCAGACUGGUCCUCUCUGUUCAUAUUGAGCAGAACCAACACGUUGAGACCAAGAGGCCCGUUCAGGAAACACAUCUGAACCCGCUGCUAAAACUGGUGAGGGAACCAACCCAGGCGCACCCAAACAGAAACCCACGUCCACGAGGGACAGCCCUGCUCGCUGUUUACAAGAUGCUCAUUAAGGAAGUUAACAGAUAACAAUUGACGCACAGCCACACACACACACAUGCACCCAAACACACACUCACACGCAGACACUCGCACACACACACACACACACACACACACACACACACACACACACACACACACACACACACACACACACACACACACACACACACACACACACACACACACACACACACACACUCAAAGACACCAUAAGAACUGAGCAGUGCAGUGCCCUACCGUAUCAUAGAUAAGGCGCAGGCAGAAAGGGCGAGCAAGCUGGGAAGAGACAGCAGAAGCCGAGAGAGAGAGAGAGAGAACCACACACACAUCCACAGCAGAGGAGAAGCCCUUGCGGAGCCGCGCGCCGGACCCCCUCUCAGCGGACCUCCAGCCUUGGGUGGCGGACAGCAGAGAAGGUGCGCCCGAGGAUAAAGGCUCCGGGGUCUGGAGAGGAUCUCACCCCCCGUGGGCCACCCGGUGAGGGGCAUGCAGAGCUCCAGGGGAGCCCCAGUCUGCCCAGACGCCCGGGUCACGUCCCCCCGGCCGCAACGCCGCUGACAAGGAGCCGCUUGAUUGGUUGAUAUUAGAUCUUUUUUUCGGGGUGUUUUUACGCCGACGAACCGUAUUGAAACGUCGGUGGCGACGUUUUGAAUCAGAGUUUGGAGGAACACGGUUCCGCUGCGUCCGGACCGAACCGGUUCCUCACUGCCGUGCCUCUCCCAUGGCGAGCGGCCGGGAGCCCAACGCGGGGAGCCGCCUCAGCUCCAAGACGCUGUUCCUGCUCCUCUCCGCCCUGCUGCUCCGGGAGCCCCCCGGCGGCUGGGGGAGCCCCAUCCCUCCGCCCCUGCCCCGGCCCCGGGCCCCCGCCACGGCGGCCAGCGGCGGGCCGGGGCCGGGGCCGGGCGGGGAGGGGGGCGGCGGGGCGCGGGGUCUGCCGGACGACCUGGAGGAGCAGCUCCUCCACACCUCCAACCUGACGGGGGCGGGCGGGGCCGGCGUGCGGGUGGAGCCCCCGGAGUACAUGAUGGAGCUGUACAACCGCUUCGCCAACGACCACAGCGCCAUGCCCACCGCCAACAUCAUCCGGAGCUUCAAGAACGAAGCUCCGGCCCUCGGGGAGGCGGAGCCCAGCGACGUGCGGCGCCACCCCCUCCUCUUCAACGUCUCCGUCCCGCGCCACGAGCGCAUCACCGCCGCCGAGCUCCGCCUCUACACGCUGGUCCAGAACGACCGGCACCUGUACAGCGGCGUGGACCGCCGGGUCUCCGUCUACGAGCUGGGGCCCCCCGACGGGGGCGCCGGGGACCCCCCGCCCCCCAGGGGGGACGCCUUCCGGGCCCCCCUGGGUCCGGCUCCGGUGGAGCUGGCCUCCCGCCAGGUGUACGGCGUGGACGACGGCUGGGAGGCCUUCGACCUCACCGCCGCCGUGCAGCGCUGGCGGAGCUCCGAGAGCGGCACCACCCACCGGCUGGAGGUGCACAUCGCCAGCCUGCCCCCCGUGGAGGAGGGCGGGGUUCCGGGGGCGGAGCCCGGGGGUCUGGAGGCGGAGGCCGGCCGCAGCGACACGCCGCCGCCGCCGGAGAUGGGCGACAUGAAGAUCGACGCCAGCCCGGAGGAGAAGCACAAACCCUUACUGAUCGUCUUCUCCGACGACCAGAGCGGCGACGACCGGCAGGACCGCCAGGAGCUGAAUGAGAUGAUCGACCACGAGACCUCGGACCUCGCCCUCCAGCGGGACAACCUGGAGCCGGGUCUCCCCGGCCUCUGGGGCGAGGGGCCCCAGGAGGACGGCCUCGGCGAGGAGCCCGACGAGGAGGACCUGCUCCAGAUGCGCUCCAACAUGAUCUACGACACCACGUCCCGCUUCCGGCGCAACGCCAAGGGCGACUACUGCAAGCGGCGGUCGCUGUCCGUGGAGUUCAAGGACAUAGGCUGGGACAGCUGGAUCCUGGCGCCCGCGGCCUACGACGCCUUCGAGUGCAGCGGCGUGUGCACCUACCCGCUGACCAAGCACGUCACGCCCACCAAGCACGCCAUCGUCCAGACCCUGAUCAACAUCAACAGUCCCCAGAAGGCGGCCAAGGCCUGCUGUGUGCCGACCAAGCUGGAGCCCAUAUCCCUGCUGUACCUGGACGACACUGGGGUCGUGACGUACAAGUACAAGUAUGAAGGCAUGAUGGUGGCCGAGUGCGGCUGUAGAUAGUUGGAGGGCGCCGUGGACUGACGCAGACGUUUAGGCCGCAGUCGGUAGGACAAGGCGGGACAGAAAGAAGCCUUUUCCUGUCUGAAUCUAUGUAUGCUCCGAAGCAAGUCAGGUGGUCUGUAAAGAGUGUAGAGGAAUGUUAUGCAUCAAAGGGGGAGGUUGUGCUAACCUUGUAACAGAUUGAUUAAGGAUCUAGAGUUGACCCAAACCAGGAGACUUUGUACCAAACUGAGUAUUUCAUCAAGAAACGGACCAAUGGCUGAAGCACCAUAUCGAGGGAGGCUUGGUGGGAACGGUUCUGCUUACCCUUACCCCCCCCGUCCCUCCUGUUUUGACACCAGUCCCCUGACAUCAGCCUUCCUCUCUGUUAUCAGAGCCCCCGCUGGAGGCCGACGCAAUUCAGCACUUAUGGCGGAGCUGCCUCGGCCAAUGACCUUUCAGGGGCGACCAGCCCUGCCUGUCCAGAACCCUGGUCCGGACCCACCUCCACCCCCAAGACCCCUGGUGCACCUCCACCCCCCAAGACCCUCCACCCCCAGACACCUCGGCCCAGACCCACCUCCACCCCCCUGGUCCACCUCCACCCCCCUGGUCCACCUCCACCCCCCAGACCCUCCACCCCCAUACCCCUCGGCCCAGACCCACCUCCACCCCCUAGACCACCCCAGCCUUCCCUGUCCAACCUGGGGUCAAAGCCUUAUCUCUCCGACCCCCCCCCCCCCCCCCCCCCCCCCGGAUGGCAUGUGAGGCUGCCCUGCGCGUUCCUUCACAGACGCGGUGAUAACAAGGUGUCGGGGCUGGGAACCAUGUGCCCUGCCACUCUGAGAGAUGGAGCCCCUCCCUCACUGGGCUCAAGGAACUCCUGGCCUGGGAUGGCUGGUGGGGGAGGGGGGGGGGACUCUGACCCUGUAGUACCGCCUGGACAGAUCUCCAUGUCCCAGACACCAACCCCCCCCCCCCCCGUGUCACCGGGCAGAGGUUGGCGGUCCUCUAUCGCCUCCAGGGUGCUGUUUGGCCUUAUCUUCAUGCACACGCCGAACGCGUUAUGAUUCAGACCAGCUGCUGGACUCAGUAUUUAUUGUUCUAAUUUAUUUUUAUUUUUGUUACACAAUGUAAGAUGUUAUCGCAUGUUGUUACGUGUUUCCACCGGGGAACGGGAUCUGUGAAUCGUCUUCUCUUUGUCCUUAAUUCCUUAAUAAUAUUUACCGAAAAGUAUACGUUUCUUCGUGAAUAUACCGACCCGUAGACCCAACCCUGUAGGAGUUUGUAAACGCUGUUCUUCGCACAGCCUGUUCAAUAUUUAACAGGGUCUUGUAUUUGUUGUAAAUAAUGUUAUUUAUAAAUGGAAGUUGAACAUCAUCAUUUUAACAAAGCUGUUAUUUUUACCGAAA